AUGUCGGAUUCUUCAGCGUACAUAGCAGACCAGGCGGACAAGAAAGCCGAGGAGAUGGGUCUAGCAGAGCAAGUUCCCAUCAAAGGGACCAUCGAAUCGACGAAUUUGGAGCUUCUAGGUCUAACGCAACAGACCGAAAGAUCCCUUGGAACAUUUCAAAUCAUCGGCGGCGGAUGGAAUAUCUGCAACAGUUGGGCAGGAAUUGUCGGCACUCUAGCCAUUGGUAUUAGUGAGGGAGGAACCAUUCUGCUGCUCUACGGAAUUGUCAUCAUGUUGGUUUUUGGGGGAUGCUGCGCCACCACAUUGGCCGAACUGUCCUCUGUUUACCCUACGGCGGGUGGGCAAUACCAUUGGACUUCGAUUUUAAGUCCGAAGAAAUACAGCCGCGUCUUGAGCUACUGCUGUGGUGCUGUUAAUAUUUUCAGUUGGAUUUCCAUCAGCGCUGGUGUCACUAUUCUACCUGCGCAGUUCAUCAUCUCCAUGGCUAUUUACAACAACCCGGAAUAUGAGUCGAAGACUUGGCAUUACUUUCUCAUUUACCAAGCAACUAACAUCAUUGUUCUUCUUUACAAUAUUUUCGCUAUUCGCAGAACCUCCUGGAUACAUGACAUUGGGUUCAUUCUUUCACUUUCAUCCUUCAGCGUCAUCUUGGUGACAUGUCUCGCACGUACACCAGAAAUUUCAUCGACCGAAUUUGUAUGGACCACCUUUAUCAAUCAAUCCGGAUGGAAAUCUGACGGAAUUGCAUUUUUGACCGGCAUGAUCAACCCAAACUAUAUUUACGCUGGAAUUGAUGGUGCAAUUCAUUUAGCUGAAGAAUGUGGAAACGCCCCAACUGCCGUACCAUAUGCACUCAUGAGCACACUGGUCAUUGGGUUUGUCACUUCAUUUGCUUUUGUCGUGGCUAUGCUAUACUCUCUUACAGAUAUCAAUGCCGUUAUUGAAACAUCUACUGGGGUUCCAAUUUAUGAGAUCUGGCUUCAGGCCACACGUUCUGGAGCUGCUGCAACGACUUUUAUUACUUUAUUAGCUGUCAUUGCUCUAUUUUCUCUCAAUGGCUGCCAGCAAACCUCAUCCCGUUUGACAUGGGCAUUCGCUCGAGAUGAUGCCUUGAUAUUAUCAAAGUUCAUCGGUCGCAUCCACCCGCAACUUCAAGUGCCAGUAUAUGCGUUGCUAGCCAACGCGCUUGUUAUAUUUAUGAUUGGAUGUAUUUACCUUGCCUCAUCGACAGCUUUCAAUGCCUUGAUUGGAACCGGACUAGUUCUACAGCAAGUCUCAUUUUGCUUCCCAGUCGCGUUACUCAUUUUUCGAAGGCGCUCAUCAACAUAUUUGCCACCACACCGAUUCUUUAACAUGAGGAAAUUUGGAUGGGUGUCUAAUAUCGCAACGCUCAUUUUCGGAAUUGUAACUAUGGUUUUCUACAAUUUUCCUGCCGAAAUGCCCGUCACUGGUGGAAACAUGAAUUAUACAUCUGUCGUGAUCGGUACGAUGGCUCUAUUCUCGAUGGGCAACUGGGUGUUCCAUGCGAACAAAGGUUACCAGGGGCCAAGACUUCCCUCUGAGCUGACCUGA